AUGCCAUACAUAAUAGGGGUUGUUCUGAUUAUUUCGUUGGUGGUCUUGGCAGCUAUGCGUGUUGCCUGGACACGCCAAGGGUCGUUCUUGCCCAAAUGGUCCUCUUCGCCGGUUGACCAAGAACGGACCAAAAUUCUCCGAGCCAUAGUGGGGCUCCAACGGUUUGAGGACAUUGCAAAUGCUGCUGUGGAUCGGCGCAAAACACUUUUUUUCCGUUUAACUAGGAACCAACAACAUGAAGCGACACCCACCUAUGAUCGUUAUCGUCAAGUGAGGAACUGCAUACCAUCGAACGCCAGGGUGAUCGAAACGCUGGUAGAAGAGGCAGUAAAAGAAUUUGAGGUAACCGCGUUCGAACUGCUGCGAGCUUAUCCUGCAUCAAACUAUGAAGUCCUGGAUACUUUCAAUCAUUUGGUUCGGGACUGGUCCAAAACAACAAAGAAUAGUCGUGAAAAGCUUUUUGAGCCUAUCUUGUGUCAAUUGACUACUUUAGUACCGCCUAAAGAUGCUAGGGUACUCGUUCCAGGCUCGGGGGUUGGUGCUUUGGCGCACAGAAUCUCCCAGCAUGGCUAUACCGUAGACGCGGUUGAAUUCAGCGCAGUUAUGCAUUUAUCUGCCCAAUUUGCAACGAGAGCGCAACGAAGCUACAGCAUUUACCCUUAUUUAUUAGAGUUUUCCCACCUGAGACACGCACAAGAUCAGCUAGAACAAUCCGACCUCGUUCUGGAAGACUCCAAUGCCAAUUUCCAUUUUGCGAACUUUCUCACUUUUGACCGAGGAUACUAUUAUAACGCAAUUGUUACACUUUUCUUUAUUGACACCGCCGAAAAUGCUAUUGACUACAUUGAUCGCAUUGGCACUAUGCUAGCCCCCGGAGGCCGAUGGAUCAACUACGGUCCCUUGAAGUGGGGGACGGCUCCAAAGGUCGAGUUCGCUAUGGACGAACUACUGGAUCUGCUGAGGCGCAAAGGAUGGGUCAUUGAACAAACCUUUGAAGGCACAAAUAGAUACAGCGGCUCGUCCAAAAGUCUAUGGGAAGCGCAGUACCGGAUCUGCGGUUGGGUUGCUAGACGCGAAUCAUUUAGUUAA